UGUCACUCGUCCAUACAUCAAAAUGCAAAAAUUUCUGUUAUCAAAUAAAAUAAAUCUAAAACAAUACCAUACAAUCCAUUAGUUUAUUAACAUUUAAAUUUUACAGUUAAUCGUGAAUCAUGUUGAAUAUAUCGUUACGUUGCUAUGACCCUCUACGCAGUCUUAAACCAGCGGCAUUCGCUGUGAGAAAAGGAAUCGAUCCUUUCAGGACAUACGCUAAAGACAAGGGUCAAUGUUGCAAAGAAGUGGCGCAAGCCGAAGGAAAGCGCGUCGAACAAUGGCCUAAGCCACAAACACCAAUUCAUGCCUGGAGAUGUACUUGUCCCCAAGAUCCGCAGCCCCCAAACUACGAUCCAUACAGAAUCAAAGUACCUGACGUAGCAGUGCCACCUCUACCCCCAAGCAACGCUAAGCCAAUGUUGGACUGCGCCAAGAAGGCUCCGUGUGGGGUGAAGCCGGUCCCCGACCCGCCACCGUGUCCUCCGCCUCCUCCGCCACCUUUCCCCUGGAUAUACGUCUUCGCCAUUGGCUCUUUCUUUGGCUUCAUGGGAUUGCUUUACCAAUUUUACUUGUGGCGGGAAGCUAAGGAAAAGCUCGGUGAAACUACGCCAAUCUGGCGUCCACGGCGUAAAGUAAAACGACCCUUCCAUUCUGGUGAUCUGCCCGCCUGCGUGCAGUAUCUUAUUAUUGGUGGAGGACCAGCUGGCUGGAGCGCCUACGAGUCCAUCAAAGAACAUGACAAAACUGCCAAAGUAUUUUUUAUAUCGAGUGAAGAUGUUUUGCCGUACGAGCGAGUGCGACUCUCGAAACAUAUGUGGUGGAACGCUGAUCCACCCGACCUGAAGACUCUGAACUACGUCGAGCUGGGCAAGAGAUUUACAAUGUAUUUUGCGGAGUGCAAGAAGUUCCUAGAUCCGGUAAAGUUUUACCGUAAAAAGAAGGGGCCGGCGCUGUCUAUAGCGACGGGCUGGUGCGUGUCCAGGAUCGACCCAGACGACCACGUGGUCUGGGUGAAGACUCUUUGUGGCGAAAAGCCCAUCUACUAUGAGAGAUGUUUGUUAGCUCCAGGUUCAACGCCAAAGAACCUUUCAAUAUUCAAGACGGCUCCAAAGUCGGUCCGAGACAAAGUUUGCACGAUGCGAACCAUUCGAGACCUGGAGAUAGCCUACCGGGAGGUAAAGAAGGCAAAGCACGUGACUAUUAUCGGUGGCGGUCUACUUGGAUGUGAACUAGCCUGGUACAUCGGGAGAAUGAAUAAAACCAUGGAACGCACGGAAGAUGAGCAGCCGAUAAAGAUGCUUCACAUAUACAAAGACGCCGGAAUAUUGUCCAGCUACAUUCCGGAGUAUCUUGGCGUGUGGGCGGCUGAGAAGAUUAAAGCAGAGGAUGUCACUGUCAUGCCUAAAACGCAAGUCUACGAUGCCUUCAAUACUCCUGACGGCCGGAUCCAGCUGACCUUUUCAAAUGGUUCUUCUGUCGUCACUGAUUACGUGUUCGUUGCGAUUGGAUCUACGCCCCGCACUGAACUAGCAGAGCCCUCCUACUUGGAACUAGAUCCUGUCAACGGAGGAUACAUGGUCAAUACGGAGCUGGAAGCUAGGACACAUCUUUAUGUCGCGGGCGACGCAGCGAGCGUAUACAGCCAGUGGAAGGAUACUCGGCUGCGUAUGGAGCACUAUGGCACCUCUAUGGAGGAGGGCUACCUCGCGGGCUCCAACAUGACUGGCUACUGGACACCGUGCAACGUGGAGCCGCACUUCCGUCUGGUGCUCGAGGGCGCGCUUGAAAUGGAGGCCGUAGGUGAGGUUGGAGCAUGUAUGCCGACAGUGGGAGUGUUCAAGCCGUGCGCGGAUGACGCGCAGCCCCAGCAGAAGGCUGCAGCAGCAGAGGUCGGCGGUGGUGACAGACCUUGCUACAAAAAGUCCGAACAAUACCAGAAUCGGUACAAGCGUGGGUUGAUCUACUAUCUUCGCGAUGAGACUGUUGUCGGCAUAGUCUUCUGGAACUGGCCGCAUAUUGACGAUCGCAAGGACGUCGCCGUUGAGUUACUGCGAGCGAAGCCGAAUUACAAAGAAAUCAAUAUGCUGUCUGAACUGCUCGAGUUUCCGCAAACAGAAUGCGAGGACGCACCCGAGGACCUCCACCUCAAGGCACCACUCUGUAUUCAAAGAUAUCGCGAGUUCUGAGUGCUGUGCUUUGUGAAUUAAAUGACAACGUUGAGAUUUGUGAAAUUUAUAAAGAUAAAUAUAUAAAAACA